GUCCGAGGCGAGAGGGGAGAGGCGGCGGAGGCCCUCGCCGGAGCCGCUGGCCUUCAAACGCGCUCCGGGCACCGGCACAGAAAGGCCGCGACGGCAGCGCACGUCUCAAGCUACGCCACCGCUCGGAACCCGAGCUGCACCGGCGAGCGCUGGGUUGCAGCGGCGCUCUCUGGCCCGAGGCUAGUGGCCGCCACGUGAAACGGCAACGCAUUUCCAGGCUCUGCACCGAGCGCGGUUCCGAGUGAGCGAUGUGUUGGUUCGGCGCUCGUUGACUGGGACGUGAUCAGCGUGUUGUCCUGACUCGCCCUGCAGCAAACAAUUUGGCACGCUGUGAACACUUUCUUCCGCUGCGCGCCUUGUCACGGAUUCUCGCGCAAUGCGUCAAUGUGCCAAUGCUGUGCGCUAAUCGUUGAACUCUAUCUUAAAUUUCUCUUCGGGUUCGAACGGCGGUAUGUUCGGUGAAUCUAAAGCACCUAACAUUUGACGCACGUGCUCAACCAGUGUCGACUCUGAGUGCUUCGUGUGCGCUGGCGAACGUGCUUCAUUCGGCGCUUCUUCUCAGGCUAUUGCCGGCGCUGGAUAGAUGGCGAAGCGGGUGCUGCCACCCGUUUAACUGUCCACUAUCAGCGUGAUGUCACCGCUUGGUGUCAGUCUCCGGGCAUGAACUCGUGCGCCUCCUCUUCUUUCUCGGCACCUUCCGGCGCAUUGUUUUGAACAGCUGUCGCCGUCGGUUGAUGAACAGUAUACAGUGGCCGUGUAAGACAGUGGAAAGCGGAGUAAUGAUCCCCUCGUUCCAGCUGCUGCUUGCUUUGUUAGCAUUCGCGAGGGCCGCUCGUGAAGAACGUCACGGUCCCGUUUUCAUCCGAGCGCCCCCUGGCCGAGUGGAGUUCCUCAACUCGUCCCAGACUGUGGUGCCGUGCGACGUGCAGGGCGUUCCUCGGCCCGACGUCUGGUGGUGGCGCGUCGGCUCCCAGGGACCCGCACCGGACAUUCCGGGUCUGCGUCACGUACGUGUGCAGGAUGGCGCGCUCGUCUUCUCGCCCUUCCGCGCCGAGGACUUUCGCCAGGACAUCCACGCCGCAGUGUACCGAUGCGGCGCGCGAAACAGCGUCGGCUCUAUCGUCAGUGGUGACGUCCAUGUCAGGGCGGCCGUGAACCAGGAGUUCGACGUGCAAGUGUACGACGAGUUCGUCAUCAAGGGCAACACAGGGGUGCUGCGCUGUCAGAUACCGAGCUACGUCAAGGAGUACGUCACCGUAACGUCGUGGGUGCGGGACGAUGGCCUCGUCGUUCACGCCGACUCUGAUUCCGGUGGUCGCUUCACGGUGUUCUCAUCCGGGGAGCUGCACGUCCGCAAGGUGGACCCGACCUCGGACAGCCACCGCAAAUACUACUGCCAAGCCAAGCACAGGCUCACCGGAAAGCUCUUCCGGAGCACAACGGUUGCCAGGCUUAUUAUCAUCGACACGCACGUGAACACGGCACCGAGGCUGACCGACCGGCGCCCCGUAGUGCGGGCGCGGCAAGGCGAGAACGUGAAGAUCCCGUGUGCGGCUCAGGGCUACCCUGUGCCCUCCUACUCCUGGCACCGCGUCGAAGGGGGGUGGCAGGUGGCCCUGGACUCGCCGGCGGGCCGUGUGUCGCAGGCCGACGGCACGUUGCUCUUCAGGCGCGCCCAGGUAUCGGACGGCGGCAAGUAUGUCUGCAUCGUCAACAACUCCAUCGGCCAGGAUCGCAUGGAGACGCAACUGGUGGUCACCGCCCCGCUGUCCGCAACGGUUCGCCCCCGGCGCACGCUGGCCACCGAAGGUGCGCCGGCCACCCUCAACUGUACCGCCACAGGCCACCCAGUGUCAUCGGUGGUGUGGCUUAAGAACGGACAGCCGGUGUCGUCUCGUGUCAAGAUGCUUACGCGAGAGACACUGCACAUUCCCAAUGUGCUACGCGACGACAAGGGCAUGUACCAGUGCUUCGCUCUUAACGACUACGACUGGGCUCAGGACACGGCCGAAAUCACGCUAGGUGAUGAUCCCCCAGUGCUGACCCAUCGGUUCACCGAGCAAACAGUGGACCCUGGAGUCCCAGUGUCACUCAAGUGCACUGCUACUGGUGCGCCGCUCCCACAGAUCACGUGGACACUGGAUGGGGAAGCCGUGGCAGAGACCAUGCGGCUGCGGAUAGGGGACUUCGUAACCAACGACGGCCAGGUGAACAGCUUCGUGAACCUGACGGCGGCGACAACAGAAGACGGCGGCCGCUACCAAUGCCACGCAAGCAACGACGCCGAAACGGUGUCACAUGGUGCGAGGCUGAACGUGCGAGGGCCACCUCUGGUGCGAGCCAUGCGCAACGUGUCUGUGCUGGCCGGCCGCACACUGAUGGUCCACUGCCCAGCCGCUGGUUACCCGCUCAGCCAGAUCCUCUGGUACAAAGGGGACGCCCGGCUGCCGCAGAGCAAGCGCCAGAGCGUGUUCCGGAACGGCACGCUCUCUGUUCAUCGGGUGGAGAGAAGCGGAGACGAAGGCGGCUACCGGUGUGUGGCCACGGGCCCCUCGGGGAAGUCUGCCUCGAGGGAUCUCUACGUCAGCGUCAUGGUGGCUCCCGUGGUGGGUCCGUUCUCGUUUCCCGCCAACUUGAAGGAAGGCAUGCGCGCCAUCGUCACCUGCUCGGUGCUGGAAGGGGACAGCCCCGUCCGCAUCCGCUGGCUCCGGGACGGAGCUCCCCUCGCACCCGACGGUAGAGACGUCAAGGUCGAAUCCAGCAACGAGUUCUCCUCUACGCUCUUUAUCAAAGAGGUGAGCUACAAUCAUCGGGGUGAAUACACGUGCGUCGCGUCCAACGCUGCGGCGUCUGCAAACUUCUCCUCCACGAUGGUCGUGAACGUGCCACCGCGGUGGAAAGUUGCUCCGAAAGAAAAAGCUGCAGUGGUCAGUGAAAACGUGGUCAUCGACUGCCAAGCAGAAGGGUCCCCUGCUCCACGGAUCUGGUGGGAGAAGUCGUCAGCUUCACGACCGUCCGAGUACAAAGUGAUCAUCAGCAACUCUCACAUACACGCUCUGGAAAACGGCUCGCUCAUGGUGCGUGAAGCUGAGCGCAACGACAGUGGGUUCUACCUAUGCCAGGCCAGCAAUGGCGUAGGAUCCGGAAUAAGUAAAGUCAUCGAACUAAAAGUCCAUGUGCCCGCCCGCUUUAAAAGCGCCUUCAACUCGAAGACUCUGCAGAAAGGCAACACGGCCCAUAUCAAGUGCGAAGUUUUUGGCGAGAAGCCCCUGGCUAUUGCCUGGAGCAAGAAUGGCCAACCUCUUGCACCAAAACAUGAUCAGAGAUACGACAUAAAAACCAGUGAAGCAGAAGAAAGCCUUACAUCGCAGCUUGAGAUACAAGCCGUCGACAGAAGAGACUCAGCGCUGUUUGCCUGUCUCGGGAGCAACAAACAUGGCCAAGAUGAAACCCGGACGCAGUUGAUCAUACAGGAAACUCCUGGCGCACCGUUCAAUGUACGAACUUCGGAUGUCACCAGCCGAUCGAUGGUGGUCACAUGGGACCAACCGUAUACUGGAAACAGCCACAUCACAUCGUACAGGGUGCAGAGCAAGACGUCAGGCAUGAAAUGGAGUGGCGAUAUCCGAGAGAACAAGGUGCAAGGAACCGUCACAACACUGACGCUCAGAGAGCUGCGGCCUACUACGGUAUACAUCAUUCGAAUCCAAGCUGAAAAUUCUUUGGGGGCUGGUGAUUACAGUCAAGAAGUACAGGUGACGACUGACGAAGAAGCACCUGAAGGCCCUCCACUAAACGUCCAAGCAACCCCGGUUUCCUCAACUACUCUCAAGGUGACAUGGCAGCCACCGAAAAAGGAGUACCAAAAUGGCCUGCUCAAAGGGUACUACGUGGGCUACAAGAAACAUGGAUCGUCAGAUACCUACGUCUACAAGACUGUCGACACAACAGGGAGUGCGAAAGAGGAGGCUCUGCUCACAUCACUGCAACGCUCCACAAAGUACACAGUGCUGGUACAAGCAUUCAACGAAAAAGGGACUGGUCCGCCAUGCGAGGAAAUCCAUCUUGAGACCUUUGAGAAUGAUCCACCGCCUCCACCAUCGAUGAGUGUCUUCAGCACCGGUUCUUCUUCAAUCCAGUUGCAGUGGAACUCGAACACAAAUGAUGAACCAACCAUAAUGGGUUACUACAUCUACAUCAAGGUUCAACAUGGCACGUGGGAGGAACAUCAGGUUCCUGCUCACCAGACAACACACACCUUUCAAGAUCUUCUCUGUGGAACAAAUUACCAGUUUUAUGUGGCAUCAUUCAACAAGAUGGGCAAGAGUGACCCCAGUGAAGUGAUGUCAGCAAAGACUCAGGGAGGACCACCAGUGGCACCCAAGCGUGAUGCCGUGCUCAGUGUGAAUGGUGCGACGCUAACGGUGCACCUGAGCAGCUGGAGUGCGGCGGGCUGCCCCAUCCAGUCUUUCACAGUGCAAUACCGGGUGCAGGAUGUGGGCGAGGAGGACUGGGUGCUCGUGUCUGACUCGAUUCCAGCCGAGCAAAAAGUGCUUGUGGUGCCCGACCUCGUGCCCGGGAAGUGGUACAUUCUACGUUUGGCGAGCCACAGCGAGGCGGGAACAACAGAACACGACUAUACCUUCAGCACUUUCACCAGAACUGGAGCUAGCAUUCCUCCCUUGAACAGCCUGGAGGGACGGAAGCCAGCAUUUUACAAGAGUGUCAGCAUCAUGGUGCCACUCUUGUGUGUCUUGGCUGUCAUCGUGCUCAUCGUGGCUGUACUGGCAUUCAUCAUACCACGGAGACGAAGACAGGCAGUGCCUAACCACUUCAUUGAUGCAUGCUCUGAAGACAAGAACCUGGAGGCAAUGAGCCUGUCCAUUCUUAAGCAGACUGGGAGCAGCCUGGAGAGUGCCAGCCCCAAUAAGGAGCAGCUCUACUAUCCCUCACCCUACGCCAUGGGUCAGGUGCAGGCACUCGGCAAGCAAGGGGGUGGCUGUACAGACGGGGAGGCAGCAGCAGCACAGACGCUCAAGAGAACGAGGCGGGAGCACAUCUACGAAGUACCUUACCCAAGAUGGCAAACUGAAGAAGACAACUACUCACAUAUGAGAGAUGGCACUCCAGCUCCUGUGUCCAACAUUUAUCAGACCCCUCGAAAAGCAGGCUUGGCAGCUAGGACAAAUUCGGACUCUGCUGCACAGCUAGCCAUGGAUGAACAGCGACUGUCCAGAGAAAGCAGAAACCAUAGAUUGGGUUUCAAGUCAUCUAGCCUAGCCUCUGACAAUCAUUCUGCUGCGGAUGACAGUGACAGCGAGGGAGCAGCGUACACAUUUCGCCUGACAACCAAUGGAAGCUACGGGGAUCAUCAAGAGAUGUCAGAGGCAGAGUGUGACAGGGAUCAGCACACAAGAGCCAAACACCUGGAAGCAUUGGGUAUUCAUGUCACUCCAGGCUAUGGCAUAACCUGAGACCUACUACAUUCAGAAGAUCUAAAAGAAGUGAGGGAGACGUGUGUGUGAAUCGCUUCAUCUCUCAUGGGUCGUCCUCACAAGACUGCACAGUAACUACACACUGCGCAAACUCUGCUGCAACCAGUGUGUGUUGGUGACAGUUGCGUCUUGCUCAUCAGCACUCCUGAAGCACCUAAUUUCAAGACUGCCAGGUGUGCUCUCAAGCUCGGGCGCGAGGACCUAAAGUGCUCUAAAUGGAAGCCUGCAUAUCGUGCCUCAGUGUGAUGAGACUGUGCUGCAUUUUUGUAUGUGAUUGAGGGAAAGAGAGUCUUUUGUCUUGUCAUGGGAAACUACAUGUUGCUGCAAUCUGCCACUGCUUUCACACUGCCGACUUUGUCCUUGGAGUAAUAAGGCUAUGCCCCAAAGUCAGUCUGUCAUGAGGGAUGUCGUAAGAGGGCGGAAUGUCCUCUUGAUUGCUUUGGACCAGCUGGGGCUCAUUAAAGCAGGCACCAUCCAGUGAUUUUAAACAUGGAAAAUAAUGACCGUAUCGAAAAGUCACUUUCAUUAUAGUACCUAGAUUUAUUGAAGCAACAUGGCUAGAAAGCAUUAUUGGCUUUGCAAUUAAAGAAAAUAUUCUGGUUUUUACUGAAAUUUUCACUAAAGCACUAACUCACAACCUGUCAAUGUUUCAUAUUGAGGUGCCAGGUUUCUCUGUCAUGUUCUUGUGAUCUUUGAACAUAUUAAGCUUUGCAGGCUUUUUUUUUAUUUUUUUACUUUCGAAGCUUGCCUUUAGGUUUCACACAUCUCUUUUUCCACUUGUCCACCUUCUACAUCAUGAAAGCACUAACACAUAUACUUUCGGGUAAAAAAAACAAUACUGAUAUCAUAGGAAAGCUAUUAUAAUAGUAUAAACUAUUUAGUGCAUUCUGAGGCUUGCGUUAUUCUUUCUAUAGUUUUGAAGUACCGGGCCAUCAUUCAACAAAAAAAAGGGAAGCCUAAAAUUUAAUUUCAGUACUCCUGUCCCGGCUUUUGCAACAAAUUAUUAUUUUAUCUUUCCACUGUGUCACUGCACAAGCUUCUCACUAUAGCAUACUGCACAUUGGUGACGUCUGGCUGGUUAAAAUUCAACAAAUGGAAAAAAUUGAGUUCAGCAUUCUUGUGGGAGAGCCCAACACUUAGCAUUCCCUUUUGAAAAGCCUGGAUAACUGUUUUUCUUAAUUGUUGUAGUUGAACAACAUUCAUUCAUUCAUUUUUUUAUGCCGAGUCCGGGCCUUAACCAUGAGUGCAUAGACAUAUUCCUUGUUAAGACAAGAAAAAAGAGAAGAAACACUGUAUGAGAGCAAACCAAAGUUCACUUUCAGUACACAAUAAGUGAAAAAUAACUAAUGAAUGUACCAACGCAGCAUUGCACUAACAAAGCAAUGCAUACGAGUGAUUACCAGAGGUUUGAAAGUGUUCAGCGGCACUCUAAAGGCAAUGGAUUAAUGGUAUGGACGGUUCUGGUAAAAAAAGCUAGUUUUCUAACAUGUCUGAGUGAUUAGUUAAGUCUGCAACCUUUUCGGAGUGAACUAAGCACAUGGAAUACAGUAUUUAACAGGGCCAUGUCCUUGGCAUCUUUUGGCAUGUAGCACAAUGUCAACAAUUAAAUAAAACAUUGACUUAGAAGGGUCUAUGCAGACUGUGGUAUAUACUGGUGCUUUAAGGAAGUUUAGUCCAGAACAUGCAAGAUAAGAUUUUGGAAGGUGUUAACAACUGUUAACUUACAUAAAAAAUUAACUGUUGUCAUCUUGUUCAACAUAGGCCUCUGCUAUGUAGCAGGCACCAUAGCCAACACAAUUUCAACUUGCAUUGAAAAAAGCCUUUUGGGAUAAUUUUCACGCCUGUGUUUGUAGUCUCCCUUACAAUGUGCUACACAAGUUAUGUACAAAAUUAUGAGAAACUGUAAGUAUAAUCUGUGCACUGUAAAGACAGUGCCUGAAAAGGAUGGAGGAAGAUAAGUCUUUUUUUGGCAUACACAGUGCAGCUCACCAAUGCCAAUUGUCCAAUGACUCCAGACAAAAAUGAUUCCCUUCUCUCAAAUUCUUGAAAUUAAUGGUUUUGCAGUCUUACAGUUGCACAUUCUUCACAUGCUUGCUGAUAUUUGCAAGUAGUUUAUUAUGUGCAUGCAACAAGAAUGUGAGGCACAAAUCAACAAGUGGGUCGACAGCAUGUGAAAGCUAUAUAGUGGAUGCAUGUUUGAUAUUUUCGUAAAGGAAAAGGUUGCUCGAUCUUUUGUAAAUAUGUACAGAAGUCAUGUUAUAUUUCGUCAAGCAGACCAUGUUUUUAUAUACAGUGUACAGAAAAGAGGAUGUUGGCAGCUAGGAUGUUAACAUUUGUUUUGCAUCAAAGAUGCCAAAUAUACUGUUUGCUGUUGUGAAGCAUAAUAGUAGGCAUUUCUUUAAAGUUAAAUCUUUAUUUGUUAUUGUGCUAGUCAUUGUGACAGUUGACCUUACAUGCACUUAUCAGAUAAGACUUGUUGAAUGAAUAUACAUCUUUUUUUUUUUUAAAUUGUGAUGGAACUUCAUGUUACUGGAGUGCUUCGUGUUAUGGUGUCUUUUCAGGGCCGGAAUAAUGUCUGCAUUGCCUAAAUAAACCCCUGCAUUGAGAAUUUA